UGCUCAACACAGCCCACUGCCCAAUAGGCUAGAGCAUCAUCAACGUCCUUCAGCUACCGCCCUAAGAGCAGUUGGCCGUUAAAAAGUUCAUCGCCCUCCAAUUUCAAUGACGGAGCUGAGCGCCGACAACAACCUCCAAUCCCGAGAUCAUAACAUCAACACUUCGAUUCUCCAAUCUCCUUCUCAUCCUAAUACAUUCCAAAGCUCAGGAAUUGAAGAUAGUACUGAUGGAGAUAUAGAAGACGAGGAGCUAAGGAGACUAUUGGUUCCAAAAAUAGAAGACCUUCCUCUCACUCCACCAACUGCAAUUCAAUCCAACUUCAUCACAUAUUAUGCCCCAGAUUUUAUGAAACCUGGGCAUGAUCAGUAUGUUCAUCGUCAUGCUAAUGGCUUGUGCAUAGUUGGGUUAGCUUCAACUCAUGUGGCUUUUAAGGACGAAGGAGGAAUUACAGGUGUUGAUUUCAAUGUCGGAAAGGCUGAUCGAAGUGGGAUUAAGGUUACAGGAAAGCGGAAAAAGAAUGCACAACAUUUUGAGUCCAAUACAGCAUUAUGUAAAGUAAUCACCAAGGAUUCUUCUUACAUUGUGAGAUGCUGUGUCAAAGGGUCUCUGUUGGAAGUAAAUGAGAGAUUAAUGAAGCAACCUGGUUUGCUUAAUUCAUCGGCAGAUAGGGAAGGAUAUAUUGCAAUUUUUAUGCCAAAGCUAGUAGAUUGGCGUAAAGUUGAGGCUUCUUUUGUUGGUGUGGAAGAGUAUAAGAGGUUAAGAGGCAUUUCUUGACUAGUAUGUCUCCAGGUGGAUUGGUAGGUGCCUUGCUUCAGUUAGAGCUAAUUUUGAAGAAACCAGAUAGAAUUUGAUGAAGAUCGUUUGCAGAGCCCUUAUUGACAUUCGUUGGAGUUUGUGGGCACG